GCCACCCCCUUCGGACUUGAGCAGACUCACCGUUAGCAGGAUUCACGCACACCUCAAACCUCAGGAGCACCCGCCAGCCCGGCUCCUGCGGCUCAGAGGGGAGAUUCCCCCGGGGAGGGACCAAGGAUCCGCCCAAGGAUACACAGAUGAAGCUGUCCACCUCACUGAGGGCAUCUGGGAUCCUUCCGGCACUCAGUAAACACACUGAGCCCCUGCCAGGCACUCAGGGCACAUCCAGGAGCACAGCCGGCUCGUCCGGGGAGGGUGCAGGCAAGCAGUCAGCAAACUCUGUAACUCCAUCUGCUGUGUCCGAUGCGUGUUGCAGAGGGAUUGUCAGGUGCGGCAAGCACGGGAGGAACCUGCGUGGAGACCCUGCCCGAGGACCGUCCACCAUCUCACACCCCAUGUGUACGUUUCUUUGGUUUCCAUUACUGCCGCUGACCAUGUAUAUUUCUACCAGAUAUUUUCCAUUUGCCACCAAUUCUUCCAUCCUUGGAGACACCGCAGUGGACAGAAGACUCUGGCUUCCCUUCUGGAGGCCUGCAGGGAAAUCAGGUAGUAAAUACAGUGCUGGUGAGAGAUGCCGUGAAGAUGAAAGGCGCACAAUACAACAGGGUGAGGACUGGAAGAUGCUGCCUGAGGUGACGUUGGGACAGAGAGCAGGGCGGGGGCUCAGCAGCUGUUCUGACAAGCAGAGCAGAGGGGUGUGGGGACGAGCAUUCCAGCAGAGGGAACAGGGAGAGAGCGGGGCGCUGGAACAGAGCGACCGCCCUUCAACUCAGCAAGUCCAGGAGGGCCCGGGCCGCAGGGACCUUGUCUUUCCGCGGUCGCUGUGCCGAACGGGUUGGAGGGACACAGAAGAGGCAGGGGCUGUGUCGAAGCCGCCAGGGAAGGCGCGGGCAGGAGGUGCCAGUUCCGCCGUGGCUGCUGGAGGUGCCCCAGGCGGGCGGCAGCACAAUUUCCCACAGGCGUCCUGUAGGAUGGUAGAGGAUGGGCUGUGCUUUGGGUCCGAAUUGGGUGAGUCAGGGGCUUGUCUGGGAAACAGUGAGCGGGUUUCUGGACAGGGCUUGGGGGACAGGGUGGAUUUCGGGAUGUGCUGCGUCUGAAAGGCCCAAAUGACAGGUAGGGAUGACUCUUGGGGGAGAAGGCAGAGGUUGGAGGUGGGAAUCUGGGCUCACAAUACACACGCAGGGGUGGAGAAGAGCAGGCCGACCCGGGCCAUGGCAGCUCCCCGACUGGGGAGAGAGUGGGGGGUGCAGAGGACACCCAGGGGGAGGAAGAGGAGGGGGAACAGCAGGCCCCCCCAGGUGGUGGGAACCUGGGCAGCGCUGAGCCUUGUGUGUGUGAUUCACGGAAGGGGGGGUGCCUGGGGUGCGUCCCGCUGCCAGGCCCACGUGCAUGUAAACACUGGCCUGGGCUUGGGUAGAGAUGCCCCUGAGUGGACUGGAGGCCACGGAGCCACUGGGCUGGAGCACCGUUUGGGGUGAGCAGGGAGGUGAGGGAGAGGAGACUGCCAGAGAAACGGGGCCCCAGGUGGGUGGGGGCAGCCCAAGCCCCAUAGGGAGGAGAAUAGGGAAGGUGGCCUCUGGGCGCCCCCCUCCCCAGCUCACAGGCUGCGGGUGUGUGGCCGUCCGGGAGCCGGAGGUGGACACAGUCCACUAACGGAAGAAGCAGGUGUGAUGGUCUAUUUAUGUGUCAGCUUGGCCGGGCCCAGGUGCCCAGGUCGCGGUCAAACGCUGCUUUAGAUUUGCUAGGAAGGUACUUUUAGGGUUUUGUUUGAGAGAGAGACAGAGCGUCCGCACGAGUGGAGAGCGAGGAGCCCGUGGAACUCCAUCUCAGGCCCCUGAGGUCAUGACCUGAGCCACCCAAAGGUGGUUUUAGAUGAGGUUAACAUUGAAAUCAGUAAACUUUGGGUAAAGCAGCUUACCCUCCGUAAUGUGGAUGGGCCUCACUCAGCCUCCAUGAUCUAGUGAGCCAGUCCCACCCCCCAUCUCUCUAAAUCUCUCCAUCUACACACGUACCCUAAAUAUGUCUACAUGCAUAUCUCUAAAUAUCUCUGCAGACACACCCUAAAUGUGUCUACACACAUACCCUAAAUAUCUCUACAUGCAUAUCCUAAAUAUCUCUACACAUGUACCCUAAAUAUGUCUACAUGCAUAUCUCUAAAUAUCUCUGCAGACACACCCUAAAUGUGUCUACACACAUACCCUAAAUAUCUCUACAUGCAUAUCCUAAAUAUCUCUACACAUGUACCCUAAAUAUGUCUACAUGCAUAUCUCUAAAUAUCUCUGCAGACACACCCUAAAUAUCUCUACACGCAUAUCCUAAAUAUCUCUACACAUGUACCCUAAAUAUCUCUACAUGCAUAUCCUAAAUAUCUCUGCAGACACACCCUAAAUGUGUCUACACACAUACCCUAAAUAUGUCUACAUGCAUAUCUCUAAAUAUCUCUACAGACACACCCUAAAUGUGUCUACACACAUACCCUAAAUAUCUCUACACAUGUACCCUAAAUAUGUCCACAUGCAUAUCUCUAAAUAUCUCUGCAGACACACCCUAAAUGUGUCUACACACAUACCCUAAAUAUCUCUACAUGCAUAUCUCUACAGACACACCCUAAAUAUCUCUACAUGCAUACCCUAAAUAUCUCUACAGACACACCCUAAACAUCUCUACAUGCAUAUCCUAAAUAUCUCUACACAUGUACCCUAAAUAUCUCUAAACACAUACCGUACAUAUGUCUACACACAUAGCCUAAACAUCUACACGCAUACCCUAAACAUCUCUACACACACCCCGUAAAUAAGUCUACACGCACACACGUGCCGUGGAUUUUUCCCCGGGCUUACCGAGAGGAGUGGGAGGGCUGGAGGCCUGAGUGCAGAAGGCGGUGGUGUGACAGGCUCAUUUUACACCCUGGGAGGGUGGCAGGGAUAUCGCAAAGGAGGUGACGAAUUCCGCCUCCCGUGGGAUGGGAACUGCCCCAAACCCGGAGUCUGCACACAGCCAGGUCUGCCCUGGGGAGCCGGUCACUACUCCACACGGGCGGCCCGUAGUCCUACAGCAAACACCGACAUGUGAGGAUGUGCGGCCUCCCCACGGGGUCCCGGGCCAGCCCUGUCCGCAGUCCCUGGGAGCUCGUUAGACACAGAAGCCCCCAGGCUGCACGCCCAGCCUGCGUGGUUAACCAGGCACCGGGCGACCGUCCAGCUCUUUGUGGUUUGCGAAGCUCUGUCGCUCACGGGUCUUCAUGGUUCCUGGCAGACUAGGUGCUCAGUCAACUCUAGCUUUGCAAAGAGUCCUAGGAAUAACAGUGCCAGAUAUCACUGUGACUUAUUCUCGGGCUCCCGGGAGGUGAGGACAGCGGGGCUUGCCGUGGCACCCCAGAUCCAGCAGAGGUCAUGUCCCAUGGAGACUCCACUGAGUGAAGGAAUUUGGCUUCCUUAAUUCUGUCACAAGACAGCUGCUCUAUUUUUAUGGGUUUUCUUUUUUCUUCUGUGCAAGGGAAAGGACUUUCAGAACUACACGGAGCGGUGCUCAGGGGCUCCGAUGAGAACCUCUGGAGGGCCACAUGGUCCCUUGGGAAACAUGCCAUCCCUUUCCAUGAACUCAUUCGUGGUCAGAAAAACCGAGACCUCCCCAGCCUUAGUUUUGGGAGCGGUCUGGGAGCACCGGGGUGUGGAGGUGUGAGUGCAGGAGGAGAUGCGGGGAGCCAACCCAGCCAGACCACCAGCAGCCAGCCUGUAGUCUGACACGCUCGGAUUGCCCGAGGCAACCAGGGUUUUGGGGGGGGGCCUUCAGGGAGGAGGCUGGGGAGGCUGGAGUGAGGCUUGAUGAACGGGGAAGAGCAAAGUGGCCCGUGAGGUUGGUUCCCGCAAGGAUGGAGGAGGAGACGGGCACCAGGGACGCCUCCGCGGGUGGAUGCCCUCAGAGAGUGACAGCUAGGCACACAGCCGCGCUGCUGGGUCUGUCUUCCCUCCGGGCCUCCGUCCCGCUGAUUUUCACGCUUGGGCUCUGCGCAGGUUUCCGCUCAUUCUGACCUUCCUUUCUGUCUGCUCAAGGGAGGUGAAUCCCAGGAUGCUGCAGUUUCAGGCCGGGCCCCUGAGGCUCAGGGGGAGGAAGGAGCUCAGGGGCCCCAAGGGGCGGGUGUGCGUGUGUGCGAGGCUGGAGGCAGGACCAGAGACACUGCACAGGAUCCGGUUGCCUGCGCUAGGAGAACCAUCAGCAUUUUAUCACAGUGCUCCCCGGACUCCCGGAAGCCGGAGCCGAAAGUACCGCAUAGUCUCCUGCAGCAUUGGAGGGCCCGGUGCUGAGUCCCUCAUUCUUACGUGUACGCUGACCUCCCUCUCAGAGCACGGACCGUGUUCUGCCUCCUCAUCCAGCAUCAGGACUGAGGGGUCCUUUAAGUCCUGGAAGCCUGGUGUCCUUACCUUGGGAGUUUCCUGUUCCAGGAGCAGGGAAAUCUGGUAUGUGCCGCCUGCUGUGUAAAGGUACCUAAAUGCUGGGAGGGGUGGAGAUGUGUCUCCGUGAAGACCUGGUGAGACAGCUCAAACGUCAAAAACGUUAUGUAUGUAUCCAGCGCAAAGCCAGCGAUGCCGAGUGGGUACUUCUCCCCCUCCUCCAUUAGCUGCCUGUGAACCUCGACCCCUCUUAAUUUAGUGUAUAUCCAUUUAUUCUUCUGCUGUGAAACCCCUAGAUCCAUCUAUGGAGUUUUGCUGCAGACGUGAAUUCUGCACGACUCCAAGCGGUUCUGCUGAACGCUCUGGAACUUAGUGCCACGGCUUCCGGAAUUUCCUGAUAGCAUAGCUACUGGCCUUCCCGGUCUGCUGGCCUCUCCCUCAAGCUCAGAGCCUCCUGUGCAUGUAGGGGUGACCCUGACGGCAGGCUGGGCCUCAGCGUGUCCCCAGCCAGGUAUGCUGAAGCGAUGGCCCUUCACGCCUAUGAAUGUGCUUUACCUGAAAACUGGGUCUUCAAAGAUGUAGUCAAGUUCAGAAGAGGUUGCACUGAAUUACACUGAGCCCUAACUAUUUUCAUCAUUAUUAUUUUUAUUUAAAGAUUUUAUUUUUUUUAUUUGACGGGGGGAGACACAGCGAGAGAGGGAACACAA